AUGACAGAAACUUCUAAAUCUCCACCAUACUCUCUUUUUGAUGUAGUUGAUAAAUGUGACACUUAUCCUUAUCCUGGUAGCACUUAUGAUUCAAGUUCUGAGCCGUCAAAUAACAAUAUUCCGUUUCUCCUAGAUAAUGAUAUCAAAGUAGGCCUUCUUCUCCCUUCAACUGUAAAAGUAUUAAUAGAAUAUAAUAAUCACUUCAAAAAACCAAAACCAUUUAUUAUAGAGAAUAAAUUUGUCAAAUUUGCUUCACAUUUAAAUACAUUCGAAUUAAGAACAGAAGUUGUUAAACAACUCUUUGAUAAAUGGAGGGAGGAGAAGACCUUUCCAGCUCUGUCAGGUUGGCGUGACGAGUUAUAUCCUAUAUACGGAGAUCCAAAUAAUCCAUCAGGUGUUGCAUUUGUCAUGGAACGUUGUGCGACUCCGUUAUUUGGGGUGUUGACCUUUGGAGUUCAUUUGAAUGGAUUCAUUAGGACUGAACAAGGUGAACUAAAAAUGUGGAUAGCAAAACGCGCAAAGACGAAACCCACUUGGCCCGGUUGGUUAGAUAAUACCGUAGCAGGUGGAAUUCCAUAUACGUUAAGUGUGACAGAAUCAGCCAUUAAAGAAUCAAUGGAAGAAGCGAGUUUACCUGCAGAGGUCGCAGAGAAAGCUCUUCCUACGGGUGCGAUUUCUUAUUUUAUAGAAACACAAAAUGGAUUACAACCUGAAGUUCAGUAUGUUUAUGAUCUUGAACUCCCUCUUGAUGUGGAACCAAAGCCCUUAGAUGGCGAAGUCGAAUGCUUUUAUUUAUGGGAUAUGGAUGAGCUUAUUAAACAUAUUAAAGCGGGUGAAUUCAAACCCAAUUGCGCUUGUGAUCGAUUUUCUGAUUCGACAUUCGAUUGUUAA